CUGUCCACAGCCAAAGCGCAAUCAGCCCCCACCGGCUGCGGCCCCUGUUGCUCUAAACCAAGGACAAAUGGCCGCAUUGAUGGACACGGCCCAAGGAGGAGAGCUCGUGGCAUAUGCCCCAGAACAGCCCUCCCCCUCGAUGGCAACGACUUCGACAGCGAGAGCCUCUUCCUCUGACGCUGCUGACGUGGUCGAUCCACUUGAGUAUCUUYAUCUCGCAGGCAUGAUCGGAGCGAUCCGACUGGCCCCUGAUGAUCUCGAGUCGGUCGAUCGCGAUUCUAAUCCCGGUCCACAGUUUAGGACGGGCGAGAUCGAUGUGUUACGAGCGCUCAAGCAGCUAGAUAUCCGCGUUCCGAUCCCGGUGGGACACUUGCUCACCAUAUCUGAAGCUGCAAACGAUAAACUGUUACAACAAUGUCAGAAAAAUCAAAAGCGCUUCACGUACCAACGCAWACAGCGAAYGUUGAAAAAGAAGGAAGGAGGCRAGGAAGUUGCACCGCCCGAACCCGAAGCCGGCGAGCCCAAAGCUUACCGAAUAGCAGCUUCGUACGAGCUCGGCCGGUACUAUGGAAGAGCGGAAUGUGAUUGUGAAGUGUGGGGCAAGCCGUUUAGCGCCCUUAUUGACAUAGGGUCUUCUGCAGUAGCCAUAUCAUUAAACACUGUCAAAAAGACGGGACGACUCGGAUCCAUUCUUCCUCAAUCUGGCAAAGACAAUGGUGUCUCUGCCGACGAGGAAGCAAUGAAAAUCAUGGGUGUUAUUGAGAAUGUAGUUGUGAAGGUCGGACGAGUACACGUCCUGGUUAACGCACUAGUAAUAGAUGUGCCUUCCUAUUCUGUGUUGUUAGGAUUACCUUGGGCGAUGGCGGUAGGGGUCCGUCUGCACUUCGAUUCAAAACAGCUGGUGCUCACGCAAACUGGGGGAAAGCCUCAAACUGUUCCCUUGCGAAUUUCCACCCGAAUAAUAAAACGAACUCCUAACUCAGCCCAAAUAGGGAUGAUUCGAUGCAUUGAUACCGAGGAGUAUUCUUCCUCGGACAUCGGCAGCGGAAUCGGGGAACAUGAAUACGAAGAAGAAUUGCCUAGUGAGGAUGAAUUGAAGCACCUGGUCGAACUUUUCGAACACGAAAUUCCCGAAGAAUUUCGAGUGUACCCCGACACAGGCCGAAGCUUCCACGUGGAUUCAGGAGACAGCAUGCUUACGCCUCCGAAAACCCAGAGCAUCAUCAACUACUGCGUGAUUGUGUACAUGGAUGACAUUCUGGUGUACUCGAGUUCCUACGAGGAACACGUGCAGCACAUCGAGUGGGCGCUGCAUGCGUUACGCAAUGCGGGUUUCAAGGUGGCGCUUGAGAAGUGUCAGUCUUUUCUUACCACCAUUUCCUUCUUAGGACACGUGGUGACGGACAAGGGGCUCCAACCGGAGCCGCAGAAGGUGGCAGCUGUCAGAGAUGCGCCGGUGCCUACGACUAUCACGCAAGUUCGCGCCUUUCUAGGUCUAGCCUCGUACUACCGAACAUUUAUCAAGGGCUUCGCGGCGAUCGCGGGACCCUUCACGAAUCUGCUGCACAAAGAUCAGCCGUUGAUCUGGACGACGGAGUGUGAUCAAGCGUUUUCGAAACUCAAGGCCGCUCUCAUUUCGGCUCCGGUCCUUAUAAGACCGGAUCCCGAAAAACCUUUUGUUCUCAUCACUGACUGGCAGCCGGAGGCGAUCUCGGCGAUCCUUGCCCAGGUGGGACAAAGUGGACUCGAGAGCGUGGUGGAGUAUGCGCCCAAAUCGGUGUCCGCCUGCAAGCGUAACUACGCCGCUCCGACGGGAGAAUGCUACGCGGCUCUUUGGGGAAUCAGUCACUUUCGCGCUUACCUGUACGGGCGGAAGUUCACCUUGGUAACCGAUCAUGAGCCCCUGUUGGCUCUGAAGAAAUUGAAGGAUUCCUCUGGCAUGAUCGGGCGAUGGGCAACGGUGCUACAGAGCAUGGACUUUGACAUUCAUCAUCGAAAGCACGAGAGACACGGGAAUGCAGACGGACUGACACGACUGCACCGGUCUGAGAAAGUUCUGAAGAGUGAGGAGGUGAUUCCGUGGAACGAACCCGAACAGGAGUGGACUGCGUGCUUGGAGGAACCUAGGGAUGAAGAUACACUACCAUCACGGCAGGAGUAUCUGAAGCCUUACGACAUCAUCCCUCACGCCUUUUUUUUGAAGGCGGAGGAAGUGGUGAUCGACGACGAUGAAGAAGACAACGACGAGGAAACAUCGGAGGAAGGAAGCUAUAGUGAGUAUAGUGAGGGCGAGCUGAGUGAAGAAGAAGAGGAGGAAGAAGAAAUCGGAUCUGAGUGGGAAGCUCUGCCGGAGGAAGCUGCGCGCACGGGCAUAGAAGCGGAAGACCCUGAGGCCGCUCGCAAGCGGGAAGAAAUCGCCACCGGGAAGCGCCAGCUGGAGUUAGCCAUCGGAGUAAGCCUGCGCAUCGGUGACGAUCCGACCAAGAAUCCGGAGCCGCCGAAGCCCGAAGAUGGCGACCCCGCAGCCGCCUCCCCAAGCACCUCGCGACGGAGACGGAGCAGAUCCCCCUCCUCCUCCAUCCCCACCCGUCCCCCAAUUCGCCCACGUACCAAUGCGGGCGAUAGGCCUUCGUCCUCGGACAUUAUCCCGCCGACCCCUUGAUUUUCUCACCCUCGAACAGAUCCGCACCCCCGUC